AUGCGCGAGCCUCAACCUCCUGCUAUCUACGUUGCACCUCUACGAAUCCGCAAGAAUAGCGAUGAUGAUGACCAUGACGACGACCAUGACAACCACGGGCCGUCCACCAAAAUGGAGGACUCGGGGCUGGCCACCACGAAUCCACGACCAACGUCUAUAGAAUCCCUCGACGGCAUGGCCUCCACUCACGGAAGAUUCCACAACUAUCUACGAGCCCUCUAUCCCUUUCAGCCCUCCUCUCCCCACUCCUCCACCACGGUCACACUCCCUCUCAAUGCCGGAGAUAUUAUUUUGGUACACUCAGUGCACGUCAAUGGCUGGGCCGAUGGCACACUAUUGGAGACAGGAGCUCGUGGAUGGCUGCCGACCAAUUACUGCGAAGGUUACGACUAUGCUGCCAUGCGACCUCUGCUCAAGGCAUUAACCGAAUUCUGGGAUCUCGUGCGCUGCGCAGGCGAUUCAAACCUGAGUCUUUUCCGCAAUCAGGACUAUAUGAGAGGCCUAGUUGCGGGAGUCCGCGCAUUGCUGGAACGCUCCGACUGUCUGACCCGGGAUUGUUCUUUGGUCAAGAAGCACGAUCCCAUACGGAGGACACGUAAAAACCUCCUCUCUGAUCUCGCUCUUCUUGUCCGUGCGGCAAAAGAACUGCAGCAAGUAGUCGUGGGCCACACGGCUAGCAAAGACACACUCGACAUCCGGCUGGACGACAUGCUGUUGAAGGCCUUCCGAAUCGUCACCCGUGCCGUCUUGUUCUACGACGUCUGGACCGAGCAAGCUGAUGCAUCGCCGGGAGCUGCUACAAAGCCGCCCGACUCUUCUUCAGAAUCUGUCGCCAUCAUGCAAUCUCAGCAGUCAAGCAAAUCGCAAGUUGCUGUCCGACGUCAAGGCUCAACAUCUGUCAAAGCAAAACCUUCAGGCACAACCAUCCUGUCAAAGCAUAGCAGUCACAGUUCCACAGGUAAUCCUGCACACAUGCGGCGACACUCGUCCCUCACACAUCGCAUGUCGUACAGUCGUGGCACGGGCCAGAAGAACUCCAACCUCAUCUCCGAAUUCCUCAAUCGCUCUUACGACGAAUUUCUGACGGUACUGGCCUCGUUCCUGGGAUCUCACAUGCAAUCUAGGUCAUCGUCCGAGUUGUUACUCACCACUCAAAACGCCGUUCGGGCUUGUCGACAGCUGUUUGCUGUCGUCGAAACGGUCAUUGACCGAGACUAUAGCACUUCCCGGCCAUUAGUUCAGGCCAAAGAUUCCAUGUACGACGCGAUCACUGAACUGGUUCAUGCUGCUCGCCAAGUUUUCAAGCCCAUUCGCUCGAUGGAUGACGAUCUGAUUUACUCUCCUGACGAGGCGCACAGUCUAGUACAGGCUGCCACAGCCUGUGUCAGUGCUGCAGGUCGAUGCGUGACCAGAACCAAAGCGACGCUAGAAGAGAUAGGAGAUUUUGAGAUUGAGAAUCUGAGUUAUCUUUUAGGACGUAACUCAGGUGGCUCUAGUACACCCGAGCCGACGAACUUCGAACCCACGCCUCCGGAACGCCUUCAAUCCUCUUCGGCAUUGAGGUCACCCGCAGACAAGGGUACAGAUCAAUUGGAGGAGCGCCCUCGCAUCGUCAUCAAUCAGGGCCUGCUGACCCCUCCUCUUUCCCUCAACACUGUCGAAUCUCCUUCCACCAGCUCCGGUAGUGUUCCCCCAACACCGAAAGACGACGUGGUGGCGGAGAUCAUUCGCUCGUCGCCAUUGCCAUCCGCGUCUCUGACUCAUCAGAAGAUCUCUGCAAGCUCUCCAGUCUCCAAUCAGUCCGCGGAUAUCAGACACCACCGCAAGUCCGGAGCCCGCGCAGUUGGAGGGAGUACGAGCAGUGACAGCAGUUUCGAACGCAUUGAACGACGGUCGAAUCCCAGCAACAUAUCCUCCGCGUCGACGCGAGUCACCUCGGUUCAGGAAGAUCUUGGCCACUCGCUAAAGCCCCUUGGCUCAAGACCGUCACAUGAUGGCGGUGGCCGAGAGUCCCUUGACGAUGACGAAGAUGCUGAAGCAGAAAUCCUCGUUCACACCUUUUCCCAAGAGCUUGUCUUUAAUCGAGAAGGCAUAAUUGUUGGGGGUACGCUGAACGCCUUGGUGGAGCGACUGACCGCUCCCGACUCAGCCCCUGAUGUGUCUUUUGUCACCACAAUCUACCUCACUUUCCGCUUAUUCGCAACUCCGGUGAGCUUCGCUCGUGCCUUGAUAUAUCGCUUCGAGUACGUGGGUGAAAAUGCGAGCAUCGCAAGCCCUGUCAGACUACGCGUUUAUAAUGUCUUCAAAGGCUGGAUGGAAUCUCACUGGCGUCAUGACUGUGACGACACAGCACUUCCUGUCAUUGUCGGCUUCGCAAGAGAGUCACUCAUUGGUGUACUCCCAAUGGCCGGCAAGAGAAUUCUUGAACUGGCCGAGAAGGUGGCCACAAGCCAUGCGCCUAUUGUUCCUAGAGUAGUAUCCGCCAUCGGAAAGACGAGCACAUCCACCGCGGCCUAUAUUGAUCCGAAUACCCCACUGCCAAAUCCCGUCAUUUCGAAGAGCCAGCUCACCGCAUUGAGGGCUUGGAAAAUGGGUGGACCAUCCGUCUCCAUCCUUGACUUCGACCCUUUGGAACUUGCUCGUCAGAUCACGUUGAAGACUUCCAAGAUCUUUUGCUCGAUUCUUCCCGAAGAGCUCCUAGGCACGGAAUGGACAAAGAGAAGCAGUUCCCUUGCCGUCAAUGUCCGCUCUAUGUCGACUCUGUCCACCGACAUAUCGAACCUCGUCUCCGAUUCCAUUCUCCAACUCGAAGAGCCAAAGAAGCGAGCCGCCAUCAUCAAACAGUGGGUCAAGAUUGCCAACAAAUGCUUGGACUUGCGCAACUUUGACACGGUCAUGGCAAUCGUCUGCGCUUUGGACUCGACCAACAUCAAGCGAAUGAAGAAGACAUGGGAAUGCGUACCUCAGAAGGCUAAGACCAUAUUUGACGAGAUGUGUAAGAUUGUCGACGUGGCUCGAAACUAUGCUGUUUUGCGUCAACGUAUUCAGUCCCAACUCCCGCCUUGCCUCCCUUUCAUCGGCGUCUAUUUGACAGAUCUUACUAUGGUCGAUUCAGCGAACCCUUCUACAAGGCCACUUUCAACGGAAGGCGGCGGGGCCCCAGUCAUCAACCUAGACAAGCACAUGAAGACGGCGAAGAUCAUCUCCGAAUUGCAAAAGUUCCAGAUCCCCUAUCGCUUCGCCGAAGUCUCCGAGCUCCAGACUUGGAUGCAAGACCAACUCAUCCGAGUCAGGUCUGCAGGAGAUAAAAGUUUCCAACUUCAUUACCGACGAUCCUUGAUUUUAGAGCCCAGAGAACCUAGCAGGAGUCCAAAUCCUGAAUCAGCAACGGGAAAAGAUAAGGAGAAAUUCGACUUCUUUACAUGGGCACACCUGGGCCCAAAAGAGAAGUCAGUUUCAGUGUCUAGUUGA